AUGCAGCCCAGACAGAGGAGCACACAGGGAGGAGAAGGAGGUGGAAUUAGCAGGAGCACCAGCACCCAUAGCACCCUCAGGGCAGAGAAAACCAGGACAAGACACAGCGAUAUACAAGCAGCGACAGAGGAAGGUACUGGGAGCAGAGGCAGCCCUCACCCAUAGGGAGUGCAUGUGUGUUCUGACUGCAGUGUUGGCAGAAACCCAGCAAUAAAUAUGAGGUUUUGUCCUGUAGAUGUGUAAAGGUUUGAUGAAGAGUCCCACACAAUCCGGGCUCUUUGGGUGACCGACCCACUGGUCCUGACUGACACUGCAUCUCAAAGCUUUGGGUACCCUGCACAGUUCCCCAUGCUCUCCCCCAUAUUGCUUCCUGGAUGGGGCAGGUAGCCCAGAGGUGAGCACUGAGUGACUGCUUUAGGGAAUCUGUACAUCAGUGCAAACCACGGCCAACCCAUCACAGACUAACUGGAGCAGCAUUACAGGGGCUGCACAGAUUUUGGCAUUUUACCCUGAUUUCUCCCCUGUUGCAGCAUUCCCAUCGUAUGUGUUUAAAACGUGAAACCAUGCUUUAGUUCUAGAGCACCGCUUGGCUCCAUGAUUGAUUUGCUGUUGAGAGUAACUGCACCUGAGAGUGAUGAUCUGCAGCAUGUAGCCUGUGAUUGGAUGAUGUGAUGCUCUGCAUAAGUAUAGAAUGGCUGCAGUGUUACCUUCCUGUGGUUAGAUUUCUGUUAAUAGGUGAAACUUUAAAUUUAACUGCAUUUCCUAAUGUCAUAGUAUCUCAGUUUGAAAUAAAUCCCCCAGUCCAGCCAUAUUCUCAGCCUGGCUUUUUUUAGCUUGUGUUUUUAACAUAUUUAUUUCAGUUGGCUACUGUGUUGUGAUCUUUGACUGACUGUUGAUCAUCGGUGCUUGAAUUCUCCUUACAUGGUUGUAUUAGGAUUGUCACAUAUCUCCUGGAUAAACCCAAACGUUUAUUUAUUUAUUUUAAAAAAAAGUGCUGCUCUGCCGUAUGUAGCCUUCAUAUGCUGCAGGAUUUUUUUGAUUGACUUGAUUUGCCUCCAACAGCAUUUUAAUACAACAUACCGAAGGGCAACACCUUUUAUAUAUCUAUCUAUUGGAGAUGUGUUAGGGAAACAUGAUGGAUCUAUGGUCUCUUACUUGAAGGGAUACUAUUGUGCCAGGAAAAUGUUAUUUUCUUGGCUCUGUAGCUCCCUAUAGUGCCCCCCUCCGUUCCGCCAUCCCCCCUGUUAUGCAGAAGGGGUUAAAAACUCCUUCUGUCACUUACCUGGUUCAAGUGCCAGUGUCCCUUGGCACUGGUUUAGGCUCAACCUCCGGUCCUUCCCAGCCUACGGGGGGGACCCAAUGUGUGUGCACUGCGCUUGCAUUAGGACUUUCCGAAUAGGAAAGCAUUGUAUAAUGCUUUUCUAUGGGAUUUUGGGAGACGCAUAGCAUGAGAACGUUUAGCACCAGGCGCCCAAAAGUCUCCUAACCACCCGGAAGUUUGUCUAGUGGCGGUCUGGUAGAGAGCCAUUAGAGGUGGAGCUAACUCUGGCAGGUAAUUAUUGCAGUUUAUUAAAAACUGCAAAAAUUACCACUGCAGGGUUAAUGGACCUGGGAAUUUGCACCCAGUCCAUUUCAAUGAGCUGAAGUAAUUUGAGUGUCUAUAUUGUCCCUUUAAAGGACCACUAUAGUGCCAGGAAAACAUACUCGUUUUCCUGGCUCUAUAGGGUCCUUGGGUCCCCCUCACCCUCUGGGUCCCACUCCUGCCGGGCUCUAGGGGGAGGAAGGGGUUAAAUUCCUACCUUUUUCCAGAGCCGGGCUCCCUCGGCACUGGGGACUCUCCUCCUCCUUCCGACGUCAUCGGCUGAAUGUGCAUGCACGUCAAGAGCUGUGCACGCAUUCAGCCAGUCUCAUAGGAAAGCAUUCUCAAUGCUUUCCUAUGGACGCUGGCGUCUUCUCACUGUGAAAAUCACAGUGAGAAGCACGGAAGCGCCUCUAGCGGCUGUCAAUGAGACAGCCACUAGAGGCUGGAUUAACCUUCUGAAACUGGUAUGUUUACAGCAGGCAGGGUUAAUCCUAGAUGGACCUGGCAUCCAGACCACUUCAUUAAGCUGAAGUGGUCUGGGUGCCUAUAGUGGUCCUUUAAUGCCAUUCUAGAACAUAGGUGGGCUUUUAGGCCAUUUGUGCAGCUGCUAAUAUAGGAUGUAAUAGAGUCAAACAUCACAUCUGUUUUGGCUUGUUGUUUUUCUACAUGUGAUCACUUGCCAGCAUGGACUACCAGAAUGAUUAUUAGGCUGCUCUGAAAAGGCUAAAUAAGGAAGCCCUUCAGAAUAUGUCCGUGUGUUAUGAAUGCCAAUAAUAAAAAUAUUAAUUUCUUAGCUGCACUGAUACUGAUGAUGGUUACAAUAGCCCCUACAUUUGGCACAGAGGGAAAAAACAACUAUUUUCUUCCUCUAUCUGUGCAUUCGCCCCGUUCGCCCCAAACAAAGAUGACCUCUUACAGUAUAUCUCCUCUGUCUGGGAUUUAAUGACCUCACCUGUUUUUUUAACCUUUCUUUCCCUGUAGAUUGAUUCUGCUUUCAUAGGGGUUCCCAGAUCCACCGUGUUAUCACUUACACAUAACGAUGGGUAACACAUUAACAGUGCUGCCAUGUGAAAUGUAGAAUUCAAAUGCUACUGGUAGGAAAUCCAAGUAGUUGAUGAGACAUUCUACAGGGCAUUACUUUUACUAAUGCUGCCCACUAGAAUGAAGAAACACUGUUUUUUCCAGAAAAAUCAGAUGGAAAGCUUACCAUGAGCGCAUCAUUAGAUACACUUGUGCUAUGCUGUGGGCACUGAGACCAAGCAGUGAUGUAAUAGCGCCCUCUGGUUUGCCCUUAAGGGGAUGGUUUGCAUGAUUGGAAGUCAACCAAGAGUGCAUUUACGCCAGGCUGAUUUGCCAGCCUCCCUCUUUAGGUCACGCCAGUGAUGCUAUUUGCAUUAGGAUUGACGAUCUAUCAAGUAUUCUGGAAGAGGUAUAUUUUCUUCAGUCUCUGUCUCAAAUCAUGAGCUUGGCACAUUAAAUAUUUGUAUAAUUACGUAGAGUCAUCAUCUCGCCUGACACCUACAAGAUGGCUGCUUAUACCAUUAUGGAUUAUGGAUACCAUUAUGAAUCCCAUUAUGGAUCCCCACCCAUGCCUUACAAAUUAUCAAUAGACCUUGGGGUUGUGUGUGUUCUUUGGACAGUUCCACAUAUAAAUCCAUUUGUUGCGUAGAGUGUCUUCACACUUCAGACUUUUCCCCGUUGACACGUUAGAAUUGCAUGACAUUUACAGUAUUGUGAGCAAUUUACCUGCAGUUUGGAUACACUUUUUUUUGACUCUUUGAAGUUCAGGUAGUGGUGUUUGCUGCUUUAAACUUACAUAUCAAAGUGCUAAUUGUCAGGUCUCUUUUUUUCGUUUAUUCAUAGUAAUUAUACACAACGUAACCAGAUAUGAUUCACAUUUGCAGCUUGAUUGGCAUUCUAUUUGAUUAUGUCAAAAUGGAUUUCUUUUGCCCAUUUUUCUUCCGUGUGAUUCUUCUUUUAUUACUCUCUCCCUGUCUGUUAUAUACGACAUAGAAAUAUAUAUAUAUAUAUAUAAAAAAUAAAAAUAAAAAAAACACUAAAAAUCUGAAUCUAUUGCACACUAUGAUAAAAGGGUUAAAUUGAUGCAAGUUCUGCAAAAAUUAUAAUGAAAAACACUAAUUGAAAUAAAUCAAUUAUAUAUACAGGAUUCAGUGGAAAUGAAAGUAUAUAGAGCACUUCACAAUAAAUGAAAGUUAGUUCUUGCUCUCUUAUUUAGAUACAAAUGUAUCAGCUGGUCAUGUCAUCACCACCUAUUAAAUGAGGAAGGCAGAGUCUAUGAACUGCUGAAAAUAAUCUAGUAUAGGUUUCAAUAAAUUGUGAAUCCGAUAUACAUCACUGGGUAAUAUGAAUAAAAUAAAUCCGUCAAAGGGUUAAAAUCUAAUGCAGCAGACAAAUACUUUUCAAAGUUUAUUAAUAAGUAACAAAAAAUGCUACAAAUAUAUGUAGCUUUCAAUAAAAGUCCCAAAAAAGAGUAGCAAAUGAAACAGCACCAGUACCAGGUUUAACAGACCUCGAGCCCAAAGGAUAUUGAAAUCACUUUCUCGCCGGCCGGACAGAAGUGAAUGGGAUUUUCCUCGUGCUGUGUACCGCUGGUUUCUAGCCGCGUACGUUCCACUGCGGCUCAGGAUGCGUGUCAGAGGUGCUCACUCUCGGGACCGAUGUAUGUUAGUGUGCAGAUGCCGCAUUACGCGUUUCGUGAUUUCCGAUCACUUCAUCAGAGGAUGGCAUCUUAGAGUCUGCAAUCUUCUUUAUAUACUUGUUCAGUCUGUCUUCAUUAGUGUUAAAUUAACCCUUGCUAUGUUCACACAUAAUGUUACAAUUCAUAUCGAUAGAAGUUCACAUAAAAGUUAACACAUAAUACAUUGUUUCUUUUUAGAGGAUAUAACCAUACAUAAAAUCCAUAAUGAAAAAUUUAUAACCAUAUUUAAAAUCCAUAAUAAAAGAAAAGAGACACUAUAAAAAAGGCAAAGAACAGAAUUAUGGAGAAAUUCUGACAUAUUGGAAACAUAGAAAAGAUAGUGAUAAUAUAUGUUUUAUAUUAAUUAACAAAUAGCAAAUAUACCAUUCUAAUCAAUCUAAUAUAGAUACAUUAUAAAAUCUUAUAUUUCUCACAAAUUGAUCAUCCAAAAGACAAUAAAUUAAAAGUUUAUGCAUGGUGAAAAAUAAAUAUUGCUAUUGGAAUAAAUAUAUAAGAUAUAGCAGUACAUAUAUAAUUGAUUUAUUUCAAUUAGUGUUUUUCAUUUUGAUUGCUUAACCCCUGGUGGUGGUUAUUUCAUACUAGUGAUACAGUGGUUAUGGUAGCCAUAUCCAAUCUUUAUAUUUAACCUUAGAAAGAUAUUCUACCAUUUUGCUUGGUGCGUAUCUACUAAGUUUUAUCAUAUUGCUGCAAAAAUUAUAGCCUAGAAAAUGUAAAUGCUAAAUAUGUCUGAAAACAUUUCGGUUUUCAACAAUGUAUGACAUAGACCAUCCCGCCAUCAGAUCCCACACUAAUAAAAUAUAAACUGCUCAUAAUGCAAAAACUACAUUUCUACAUACACAUGUGGAUUUCUCCAACCUAUAAUGCAGUGAUAGGCUGAGAGACAGGGGCCAACAUGUUCACACUUCCCUCAGAAUUGUCUUUCAGGUUUGGAUGGAUUCCCUGUUGAUAAUGGGGAACUGACACUUCCACAUUAUCAGUGCAGCUAAAGAGGAGAAGGCCUGUCCAUGCCAUAAAGUGUUUUUUUUUCUUCUUCUUCAAACUGCUCCAAAAACAGUUUACUUAUUACUCCACGUCCAAUACAAUAAGCUGUAAUGGUUAUGGUGCAUAGACUACCCUUUUAUUAUGUAGUUCCUGAAACCGCCUUAUUAUUCUUCCUUUUUAGAAGGUAACAUCUCUGUACAACUACAGAUGUAUACGUGUAAUUUUUACACUUUGUUUCGUACAUGAAAUGGAUGCACAGUGCAUAUACUACUUUGUGUCCGAUCUUUCAAUGUCCUUCAUAAAGCUGUGAAAUUCAGUUUUUCUGCCUUACUAGCCUGAAAUGAGCAUUUCAUAGAUUCGUUCCUGACAGUUCAGAAAAUUAGUGCUCACUAUUUCACUUUCCAUCCACAAAUAUGAAAGUUAUAACCAGCAAAUAUUGAUCUUAUGGGUCAUUUAGCACAAUAAACAUGCACAGUGUAAACCACCAAUAGUGCUUCUGCCCAAACCUUAGAAGGAGUUAUGGUACCAUUUCUACAAAUUCUCUGGUCCCUCUGCAUGUGACCUAAUGCUUCCAUAGUAAAUAUCAAAACUUUCCGAUUGCAUAUAAUACCCUAUAGUCUAAUAUCAUAAUCUUCUACUCUUACUACUACACACUACUAGUGGCCUGGCUAAAGCUAUACUAAGACCCACCAUAAAAAUUAGUUGCUGGAUGUAAAUGCUUUUCACCCUAAAAUAUUUCCCUUGGAAAAUUACGGAUGUCAUAGUCUAGUAUCCUUUCAUGAUGUGAUUUUAUAUCAUUUGCAUCCUCUAUAAGGACACUGGUGGAAUGCAUAGGAGUGUGAUACAUUCAGCAUGAAAUCCUAAAUCUAUGAAUAACUGAAAUGGAUACUAUAGUCACCAAAACAACUGCUUAAAGAAGAAGUUGAAACAAUGCUUUCCUAUAGGGAAUCCUAAUGCGCAUUAGGUCUCCCCUGCUGGCUGACGUCGGCGGGGGAGGAGCAUGUGCGGAGCCUGACCCAGCACAGAGGAAGAUCUGUGCUGGAAGCAGGUAAGUGACUGAAGGUUUUUUUUUGUUUUUUUUUUUAAUGUUACAAAAUGCCCUUUUAAUACAAACUCAGCUCUCAUUUACAUCGACUAUGCAACUUCAGAUUCAUUGAGUGGCAAUUCGCUAUGAAAGGAAUGCACACUGCAGGGAUAAAAGCCUGACUAAAAAUACACAUGCUGUGGAGGGAAAAAAAAAGUAUCACAAUCGACAGAUAAAAUUAAAUGUGAUAAAAAGGGAGAACAUUUGAAGACAGUUGUAAAUAAAAAUAAUGUAACCAGAUGAGGUCCUUUAAUUCAAAGACAGGCUGUCUAAGCACAAAUCAUUAACAUUCUGCAUUUACAGCAAAAUACUACAGGAUUCAAUAAGGAAUUUUUUUUUACAGUUGGUAAAACAUUAAUUUGACAAGUUCAGGACAGGGUCUCUUCUCGCACACUAAAAAAAACAAAAGAACAAACAAAAAGAAAGUCUGUAUAAGUAUAGUCAAGCAGUCACACAUCUUCCAUGAAAUGACUUUGCAUUCAGGUGGUAGCAGAACAAAUUAAGUCUCCACUUUGGAAUGUCCAAACAGAAGGCUCUGGCAAGGUUAGACUGGUUUGGGGAAGGAAACCCAAAGUCUCCUUUUGACCUCAGAGUCCUUUCAUUUAAGGGAGAUUGCUUAAGGUUUGAAGGGGAAUCAAACUGUUUAGUCAUCAAACUUUAUCUUCUUUCCUUGGUUUCCACCUCUGAAUCCUCCACCUCCUCUACCUCCAAAUCCUCCUCUUCCUCUACCACCAAAUCCUCCACGGCCGCCACCACCUCUGCCGCCAAACCCACUACGACCGCCACCACCUCUGCCGCCAAAACCACCUCUUCCAAAUCCUCCACGACCUCCUCUCUGGCCUUCACCUUUGGGUUUUGCAAAAUCUAGAGUGACUUUGCUUCCAUCUAUUUCACCAUCCUCCAUUGCAUCUUUGGCAGCCUUUGUAUCUUCAGCAGAAGAGAAGUCUACAAAGCCAAAUCCCUUGGAUGCUCCAGUGUCUCGAUCGGUCACAAUUCUUGCAUUUAUGGAGCCAUCAAAUGCUUCCUUUAAAGUUUCCUCCGUGGUGUCUUCAGAAAGGCCUUUGACAAAAAGGGUCUUUGUCUGUGCAGAAGCUCUGCCACCACCUUGAGGGCCACCUCCGGUACUAAACUCAAGUCGAAUAGUCCUUCCUUCAAUUUCUGUAUUGUUAAGGGAUUCAAUGGCAUCUUUUGCUUCUUCCACAGUUGAAAAUUCUAUGAAUGCAAAGCCUUUAGGUCUUCCCUGAUUGUUCUGUGGUAUCCUAAUUGAUGUUGCUUUCUCAAAGACUUCCUGUAAACUGUCUUCUGUAGCACUGUAGGCAAGAUUGUUCACAACAAGGGUUUUGGAAUCUCCUCCAGGGCCAGAAGAUCGCCUUGCUCCACUGUUUUGACUCUUGUCUCCGGUGAAGUCCAAGAAUAUAGCUCUCCCAUCAAUCUCAGUUCCUUGCUUUUCUUCAAGAGCUUUAUCUGCCUCUGCUUCACUGCCGAAUUCUACAUAAGCAAUACCUUUGCUUGAUCCAUCAUUCCCACUUGGAAGUCUAACUUCUUUUGCAUUUUCAAAUAUUUCCUGCAGGUCCUCAGAAGUUGUGCUGUAUGGAAUAUUCUUGACAAACAGCGUUCUUGAGUCUCUCUCUUUUUUGACCUCUGCACUUUUAUUCUUGUCAAAGGCCAUAGCUUUAUCCAGCUUCAUAUCAAAACCAAGAACUUUCUUCCCAUUGAAUUUUAAAGCCUUUUCCACCUCUUCUUCAGAUGAGAAUUCCACAUAUCCAAAUUUCUUUGAUGCACCAAUGCGGACAUCCUCAACAGUUAAGCUUUUCUUUGUGAAAAACACUCUAAGAGCCUCCUUUAAUUCAUCAAAGUCCUUAGCAGAGUUCAGAUUUGCCACAAAUACGGAGAGACCUUCUGUUCCCUCAGUUUUCUGCUUUUUCUCUGGGACAGCCUUCUUCGGGAUCUCUUUUUUACGUUUACCAGAUUCUUUUACAGUUUCUUCUUCCUCAUCGUCGUCAUCAUCUUCGUCAUCAUCAUCGUCGUCAGACUCUUCUUUUGCUUUGACGGGGCAGCUUUCUUUCCUUUUGCAACAACUGGUGUUACUUCCAUUUCUAUAUCUGAAUCUUCCUCAUCUUCUUCAUCCUCAGAUUCCUCUUUCUUUGCAGGCUUCUUUGCCACAGGCUUUGCAACUGGCUUUUUGGCAACUGGCUUUUUGGCACUGACCUCUUCCUCAGAAUCAUCAUCAUCCUCAUCAUCUUCGUCGUCAUCAUCAUCGUCCUCUUCAGCUACAGGUGCUUUGGCUACAGGUUUCUUGGCAACCGGCUUCUGUUCCUCUUCGGAUUCUUCAUCAGAUUCUUCAUCCUCACUUUCCUGCUUCUUUGCCUGUUUGCCAUUUUUUGUGCCUACUGGAGUAGCUCCUUUUUUUCCUGGUGUGACUGCCACUUUAGCUGGAGUGGCAGCUUUCUUUGCUGGUGUUUGUUUAGCUGGAGUGGCAGCUUUCUUUGCAGGGGUUUUCUUCACGGGGACUUCAACCUCCUCUUCACUGCUUUCUUCCAUGUCCUCCUCUUCAUCACUAUCAUCCACAUCUUUUGGUGGUGGCGGUGCAGUCUUCUUUUGUUUAUUUUGCAUUUUUGCACCCUUAGCUAGUUUCACCAUGUCUGCGGUCGGUGUGAUUCCGAUGGAUGGUAGUCUCACAGGUCAGAGCGAUGCUACAGAGGACAGAAGAGGCCUGUGACAAGGAACCGACUGGACGGGAAGGCUUCAGAGAAGGCGCUCGACUGAAGGGGUUUUAACCCCCUUAGCUCUGCGGGAGGAUCGACUCGAGGAAGGGGGGCACUGUAGGAACCUAUGGUGCCAGGAAAACGGCCUUGUUUUCCUAGCACUAUAGUAUCCCUUUAAUCACACACAGAGGGCUCCUGCAAGGUCUAGCAAAUUAUUAACAGAGCAGGAGAUAGGAAAUUUUGGAUUAAACAGAAUAUGCAAUAAAGGAAGUGUAAGUAUUAGAUGAUUCUUUACAGGAAGUGUUUAGGAAGGCUGUGCAGGUUACAUGCAGUGAGGUGUGACUAGGGCUGUAUAAACAAAGUGAUUUAAGUACUCCAUUACAGGGAAUUGAGCAGUGCAACUGCAGGGGCAAGACCUAUACACAAAAACUGCUUCAUUAAGGUAAAGGUGUUUUGGUGACUAUAGUGUCUCUUUGAUAUCCAACCAUUUAGCUCACUUAGACGAAGAACAAAUACCAUAACAUAAACUUCUACAACAGAGAUCUCUGUCUCUGGUCACAUUGCCCUACUGGAGUAACAAACAAAAAUGGGUUAGAUAACAAAAUGACAAAAGAAAAAUUCAAGGUGAUUGAUAUAACAAACUUAAAGUUAGGCAAGAAAUUGAAAAAAAGUGACAGAAAACAUAAUUAUUAGUGGUGUUUAAAAUACAAUGCAAUUUUGUAUUUGAUACGGAAGGUUGCAGUGACUCACCUAGUAAAUACACACAUUCUUUCUAUGAAAUACUUUUGGUUUAAGUUUUGCUACAUCUCCAGUUUAAAAUCUUUUGAACACAAGGUAGGAUUAUAUGUGGUUAUGCAACACGGUUAUAUUUAUUGUAGCAAAGGGAUGCAGUGUUCCAAUGUACUAGUGAUUUUUUUUCUUUCUUUUUAAUUUUAUGUAAUUAUUUUUUUAUUUAAAAAGACACUAUAGGUACCUGUAGCGGAGAGCAGUGGUAGCAGGGUUUCUUCUCCGCUGGUUACUCCAAUAGCUAUUCAGAAACAAGCUGGAAACUUCAAGACAGCAGGCAUAAAAGCAAGAUGCUACACAAAUAUCCCAUCACCCUUCCCAAUAACUGGACGAUACUCCGUAUUAAGAGCAGAACUGAUCCUUUAAUGGCUAGGCUGGCCUUUUAUGCAGGUUUUGCCCCAAAGGUUACCACCCAGGUGGACCUUGUGGGACACCGAUAAAAAUAUACAUCAACCAUUAAAAACAGAGUUAAGUCACAAGGCACUACCAUACACUGCAUACAAUCCCUCCCCUCUACUCAGGGGAUAAUUGAGUUAAUUACUGUAUCAACUCAAUUAUCCCAAAACAGAAAAAUCGAAAUUUUCAUACUUUUCUGGAAACACCCCAAAAACAUAUCCUACAUUCACAAUUCCAACAUCACCUGAUAGCCCGAUCUGGGGGAGCAACAUACUGAAAAAUCACCCAAAUCGGUUCAGGGGUUCGAAAGUUUUAUGGAUGUCUUAGUUUUACCGACCGCACACAAGCUAUAAGCCGAGAAUAGUUCCAUGAGUUUUGGGUGUGCGGUCGGUCUCCAUUCGGGAAGUUGAAAUACAUGAAAAUAUACAACAUAAUUUUUCAUGUCUUUGUUCGUUUAAUUUCCCCCGUUCGUAUGGUUCUUUUUACCGAACGCCGCUCUGUUCCCUUGAGUUCCCAUGAACGUAUGCAAGGAUGGAAGUCUCUGCGGUGUUCAUGCCGUUGCGUGUCCUAUUUAGAUUCCAGACACUCGACGACCAAACACCGCUGGUGCAAUUCGUAUGUUAAGAUUGCCACCGCCACAUGUUCGUAUGCCAAACGGCGGACACCCUGGGAACACCUAGUUAGUUUGUGCGGUUGGCAAUUAAGCAGUGUGAAUAACGUUAGGGAGGUCAAUUGAUGCCACGCUCCUCUCCUGGGUGGCCUGAUUGUUCGGUAGUUUGUUCGUUUGUCGAACAAUAUGGUGUAAAAUAGUUGAAAUAGGAUUCUUACCGAAAAACCAGACGAAUGUGAGUUAAUAUUACAAUUGUUACUUGUUUCCUCAUGUAACCAAUAGGGCAAGUAACUUAAAUACAGUAACAAAUAGGGUGGGUUGACAGCCCUUAGCAAAAGGAAGGUAUUGUGACGAAGCCCAUUCCGCUACAGUACCAAAACAACAAUAGCAUAAUGAAGCAGCCUUGGUUUAUAGACCAUGCCCCUGCAAUCUCACUGCUCAAUCCUCUGUCUUUUAGGAGUAAAUCACUUUAGUUCAUACAAGCCCUAGUCACACCAUCCUGACUUGCACAGCCUUCCUGUAAGGAGAGAUCUAAUGUUUUAAUGCACCUUCUGUUUAAAUUAGAAUUCCUUGUCUCCUACCCUGUUAAUAGCCUUCUAGGCCCUGGAGGAAUGUGAAUUUAAAGAGCAGGAGAUAAAAACUUAUAAAGAAAGUUAACAUCUGAUUGAAAAGGAAAACAUUUGUAUGCAAUCUGUGUCAGUCACAGCCAUGGCAGGUGUGGCUAUUGCUGUAUAAACAGAAACAAAAGUGAUUUAUCUCUUAAAUGGCAGAGAAUUAAACAUUGAGACUGAAGGGGCAUGAUCUACACACCAAAACUGCAACAUUAAGCUAAUGAAUGCAUAUAGCACCCCUUUAACGUAAUUUUAGUGCCAUGGCAUAACAAUGGCACAUGGGCCAUGAAUAUAAGUACAGGAAUACACUGAAAAUAAAACACAUCUCACAUUCCCUGACCUUUUCUUCCUCAAACUGUGGCCACAAUGAGAGAAUGAAUUAAAAUCUUCUGAAAUUAUAUCAUUGUUUACCAUAUAAAGGUGAUCAAAGAAUAAAAAAAAAUAAAAAAUAAAUCGAUAACCGGUAAACUAGAACUGGGCAUUUUUUUUUUUUUUUAAAGUUAGUUUAUUUAUUUUCUUCUCUCCUUGCUCUUCUUCUUUUGUUUCUCCCCUUUUCUUUACUCUUGAUGCGUUCCCCUCUUUCUGACUCAUAUUUGUAUAAAAUGUGGGAUCUGCCACCUUUAUUAAUGGCUAUACUUUUUUUAUAGUUCACCCUACCUAUUACGUUAAUUAAGCAAUGGUUUGUAUACAUUUUUUUUAUAGAAUUCUUUCUUUAUAGGUUUUUAACUAUACAGUGUAAAUACAACAAAAAUAGUCACAGUAAUUUGGUAUGUAUGCAUGUGACCUUUAACAUUAAUAUGUUUGUCCGGUAGCCAUAUAUUUGUUGUCACAUUUGAUGAACAAUAUCUCAUGACCAGGGCCGGUGCAAGGAAUUUUGCCGCCCUUGGCAAAAAAAAAUUUGCCGCCCCCCCCAUAUGUCCUGCCCACCAUGUGACAUCACAAUGCCCUGCCCAUAUGCUCUGCCAUUCUUCACAAAGUGUCUUUUAUCUGAAAAGACAGUGUUUACAUUAAAAAGCCUACAGGCACAGGCUAUAGACACCAGAACCACUACAUUAUGCUGUAGUGCUUCUGGUGACUAUAGUAUAUUUAAUGUGAGGUAAAUUAGAGAUUAGUGCCACUAAUAAUAUAUUGGAUUGCCUACUUACCACCAGAUGAGGACAAGAGGCUGAUGAUGGGCUCAGUCUGGCUCCACAGGUCUGGUGUAGAAGAGGCUCUCUGGAGACUGUUUUUAACAGUGCUCACAACAAUUAACGAACAGGAAGCAGCUCCAUUUUUUAGGGCCCCUUACACAGCUCAAGGUCUGGGCCCCCAGGGCUUGACAGUGAGUAUGCCUACAAUGCCCACCCAUAAGUCCACCUACAUGGCCCACCCGUGAGUUCUCUCACAGGGAGUGGAGUGUAUGUGUGUAGGGGAUGUUUUAUGUGUUAUUGUAGAGGAUGCAACUUGUGUGUGUUCUUAUAGAAUGUAGUGUAUAGGGAUACCAAUUUCUGUCAGGGAUGUAGUGUGUUUAUAGGGGAUGCAGUGUGUGUUUGCGUGUAAGAAAUGCAUUGUUUGUUUCUGGGUGUGUGUAAGGGGUGCAAGGUGUGUUUCUGUGUAUUUAAUUGAAUGCAGUGUGUGUCUGUAAGGGGUGCAUUGAUUGUGUAAGAUGCAUUUUGUUUCUGUGUGUAAGAGAAUGAGUUUGUGUGAACGUAAGGGAUGCAUUGUGUGUUUCGGGUGUGUCUGUGUGAGUAGGAAUGCAUUGUAUGUUUCUGUGUGUGUGUUUUUUGGGGGGGAUGCAAUGUGUAUGUGUGUAUGUGUGUAGUGUAAACGAGAGGGUUUGUGGGGUAGGAUAGGGACUGAGAGGGGAGCAGCUCUUUAUUUUUUUAAUUUUUUGCAUAGUGCUCACCCUCCUGUCAAUUAUUGAUUUCCCCUUCCCUCCUGUACCUUAGUGCUCUCCCUUGGUCCCCUGUAGUCCCCCCCUUGGUGGUCUUCUCACUCCCCCUUAGUGGUCCUCCAUCCCUCCCCUUAGUGGACCUCCCUCUCCCAAACCCCUUAGUAGACAUUCCCCUCCUCCCCCCACCCCCUUAGUGGUCCUUACCCUCCUCCCCUCUCCUUAGUGGUCCUCCCUACUUACCCCCCUUUGGUGGUCCUUUCCCCCCUUAGUGGUCCUCCCUCUCCCAAACCCCUUAGUGGACCUCCCUCCCCCCCUCUCUCAGUGGUCCUUACCCCCACUCCCCCUCCCCUGUGGUUCUUACUCCCCCCCUUCCUCCCCCAGUGGUCCUUACUCCUCCUCCCUUCCUCCCCCAGUGGUCCCUUCUCUCCUCCCCAGUGGUCCUACCUCCCCUGGUGGCCCUACCCCUGGUGGUCCUACCUCCCCUGGACCUACUUCCCUCCCCCGCCCUGUGGUCUACCUACCUCCCUUCCCCUGGUGGUCCAUACCCCCUUCCUGGUGGUCCUUACUCCCUCCCCUCGUGGUCCAUACCCCUCGCGGGUGGUCCUUGCCUACCCUCCCCUGUGGUCCUUGCCUACAACCCCCUCCCCUUGUCCGUUACAACCCCUCCCUCCCCUUUGGUCCUGCCUACAACCCUCCUGUGGUCCUUGCCUACCUCCCCUGGUCCUGACCUCCUUGGUCCUACCUAUUCCAACCCCCCCUCUGGUCCUUACCUAUUCCCACUCUCCCCCUGUGGUCCUUAUCUAUUCCCACCUCCCCGUGGUCCUUACCUAUUCCCACCCUCCCCUCAUGGUCCUUACCUAUGCCCCCCCUCCCCUGGUGGUCCUGGUACCCCUGGUGGUACCUCCUCUUUCCUCCCGUAUGUAGCGUGGCCGGGCGGCGCGGAACGCGGGACAGGAACCUCUGUUUCCUGUACCCAGCCGCCGGCGGACUGACAGGAAGCAGCUUGUCCUCCAGAAGGCAUGGGGCAACGGAAUAAAAAAUCUAAGCCGGAUAGACCCCCUACUGCUAGAUCUCCUGCAGAGGCCGCAACAUUCCCAAAGGCUGCAAUUGUGUCUCAGACAACAUAUACAACUCGUCUAGCGAGGCAUCUGUGUCUGAGGAGGGUGACUCCGAUCACUGAGGAGAAGCUGAGGGAAAUGCCUGGCAAGCUGCGCCACAAUAUUGCAGCUGACAUCGACAUGUUCCGCGAAGAGAUCAGCGGAGUGUCGGCCCGCCUGCAAAACACAGAGCUCAAAACUGCCGCACAGGAGACCUGACUUGUGACAGUAGAGCAGCAACUACUAGCCCUGCAAAAGGCCCAAAGGCAACACCAAGACUGCAUGGCAGCGCUUGAAGAUAAAAGGCGUUGGAAGAACAUCAAGUCCGUGGCCUGCCUGACGCGGUGGAGACCGCCGAGCUACCACACCUUUUCCGCAGAAUGCUUAGCACGCUCUUCACGACAAACAGGCCAAAGGGAUGCCACUGGAUAGUUGAUAUUGGAUCUCCAGGCCACAGACCGGUACCCCAGAGGGGGGAAAGAUGUAAUCAUUCGAUUCCAGCAAGGCCGAGAUCGGUGGCCAUGUGCAAUAAAUCCCCUUUACACUUUGAAGGCUAUUCCCUGACCUUCUACCCUGAUCUGGAGACGGUCCCUGAGACCCCUCACCAAAGAGCUCCUUGCACACAACAUACCUUACCGUUGGGGCACACCCAGUAGCCUGCUCAUACCCAGGGACACUGGUAACUUUAAAGUACACGAAGCAGCUGAGAUCCCAGCCAUACUGCAGAAACUCGACUUGAAUGGGCAAGUACAUGAGCAAACUGAUUCUAACAUACCAAUGAUAUCCACAGCCUGGAAUCCUGCUACAGUACGCCCAUUCAUACCAGUGGUCCCACGAGGAGAAACAGCAUGCCCUGAACUCUUUGCAAUCAAUAAUGCCUGUUGCUGUUAUGUCUUGUUCAAUAUUCUUUAAAACCUCCAUGAAUACCGUUACAAUUUUGUUUAUUACAUAUGGCAUAAGUGCUAUACCUCUAAGAUAACUCCCCACACACUCCUCCAAUUCUCCUAACCCCCCCCCCUUACCAUAGGAACUACUGCUUUUGCCAUCCCAUGAGUCUACAAAGGGGGCACAGGCCUCUCUCACUCGCCUCCAGUCCAUUGGACUCUAUCCAACUCUUUGGUAAAAGAGGCAUCUAAUGCACCCUGCCCCACACGUACAUAUAGAAUACUUGUCUUGCAACACUUAGGCAGAAGCUGCAUGCUAGUUAUCUAACUGUUUUUACAUUUUAUUAGUUUUAGUACUGCAUUGUAUUAAAAAUGUGCUAUGUUAUCAAUGACAACAAUUGUUAACCCUUGUUGAACAAACAACUUGCAAAUGUAAGCCUAUGCACUACUAAAAUAAAAAAAAUAAAAAGUAUAUUAUUUUUAUAAGGGUUAAAAUAUAUCCCCAUACACUUGACGCGUUCCGCCAAAUCACAGGCUUUAUUAAAGUAUUCUAUAUCUGCUACAACGGUUGAUUGUUCAUAAAUUUGUGAACAUUACUCGAGAACAUGUUUAUUUCAUUAAUGCCAUUCCUCUAGAAAGUUUAGAUAUAGGUAUUACGCUAAUUGCUGUUAAAGCAAAUGGCAUUCAAUGUCUAAUUUCUAUAAAAAUGAGCCAUCAUUACAGAUGUUAAACCAUUUUUCAACUUGUUUUUCACAUUUUGAUCUCUUGCCUGGUCUCAUGGUUUAACACGAUUGGGUCACCAGAAAAGAGUUUCCAAGUGGUAUAACUGUCUGAAGUUUGUAUUAUUAUGAUAAAAAUUUUGCAGUUUCUUUUGGUUUGUGCUACAAAUACACACCUGUCUGCAAUUGACUAUACAUGUACAAAUAAACUAUAUUUUAAAGGUGACACUAGUACCAAAACCACACCAUCUUAAUGAAGGGGUUUUGCUUCCAUAACCUUGAGCUUUUUUCUGGUAAUGUAAAACUUGCUGUUUUUAGAGAAAUGGCAGUAUGUUUUUUUUGCCCAUACAUAUACACCUCUGGUGGCUAUCAGACUUCAAGCUACUAGAAGCACUUUCUCAUUGAAGACAUUGUUAUUGAAAGCCUUAAUGUUUAGCAUUGCUCAUCGUAGGCAAUUAAUGUCAUACAGAUGCAUGCUGAAUUAGCUGAGCGUAGCCAUACCACGAUAUAUGUACCAGAGAUAGCAUGUACUACAGUUCUGCUCUAUCUGUGCAUCUAUAAGGUAUCCCAGGUGCACACCUCCUGUAUCCUUGGGGAAAAAAUGAAAGUUCUCUAACAUUUAUCUCCGCUUGCUGCAAGAUUCCUUUCUCACUUUUUAAGUCACACCAAUAUUUUCCCUGUGUUGUUGGUACCUAAUUGUAUGGGCUAUCAUACCCAUCAGAACGGGAACCCAAAAUGGGGCCCCUUGAUGUUUAAUUAUUCUACUGAUACAAUUUAUUACUUUUAUGACCUGGCUUACCUGGGCAACAUUGUAAUUAAAAAAAACAAAAAAAAAAAACUAAAAAAAAACAACCUGAUGAGUGAUGUGGUGCAAAAUGUACAAAAACAAGAAUAAUUGAAUUAAUUUAUUAAUGAGUUACCACGACAAUCUGUGUGAACACAUUGUUGUAAUUUAGUUGCUUCUAUACAAAUGGUGAAACCAACACAGUGAGAAUUAAUUACAGUGACCCAAUUGCAGCAUUGAAUGCUGAGCCGUGAGUCUGUUUUUGCUCAGUUUGUGUUGUGUUCCUCUGUGUUUGGCGAAAGCAAUAUAGUUUAAGUGUGUACAGAUAAAUGAUUAAUACUCUAGUAAACAUGGCAGGAUCCUGGCUGCAUCUCUAGGAAACCUUUGAAAUCGAUUUGAGAGUAGCCUGGAAACCAGAGAAACUACAGAUGAGAUGCCAUAAAAUGGUAAUGUGUGUUACGGGUGCUUAACACACACACACACACACACACACACACAGGACGAACACUAAAGUGCUUCUCUAUGGUGUUCUACAUUUAGGUAAAUAACAAUACACUCUUUCUUAAGGAUUCUGAAUAAAAAAAGGUUUAAAAUAAAUAAAUUUAAAAAUAAAUUAUAUAUAUAUAUAUAGAGAGAGAGAGAGAUUUAUCUGCUCUGAAAUGCUGUUUUAAUGCUGUUUAAUUACCUUUUGAAGGGUCACUCACCAAACCCAAAUAAGACCAAAAUUAGUUAUUGUACAUGACCACUUUGCAACAGAUUGUUUGCCAGGGUUGUCAUGAUAUAAAUAGGAUUUCCUAACCCCCUGUCGUGGAGUGUAAUCUACACAAUGUGAAGAGAUCUCUAAAGUCUUAAUGGAGAUAUACAGUAAAAAAACAAAGAAAAAGGUUACCUGCGCUCUUCCCAAAUCCCUAUGCAUAUUUAAACAAAUGGAGGUUAUUUAGUUUCUCCAAUGGCCGUGAGAGACUUUAGCCCACCUGCCCCGUUAAGGCAGACCUCUCAGGUGGGUCCUACUCUGACCCUUUUCCUUGCUUCCUUGAGCUUCUGGCAAAAAUAUCUCUAAUGAGACAGAAAGGGGUAUUUUUCUAUAUACACCUCUACAUGCUUAUUAACCCUUAAUAGGGAACACAUGACAUGGGCGCCAGCAUUGUAACAUAGCUGGGUGAUACAAAAGUGAAUACAAAUACAAAAAAAAAAAGUCCUGCGCUCAGACUCCCAUCACUUCUGGGCGGCAGCAGAAGUGACCAUAGUACACAUCAGCCCCAGUACAUACAGUAAAAACCAAAGUUACCAAAGUUACCUGCGCUCUUCCCAAAUCCCUAUGCAUAUUUAAACAAAUUGAGGUUAUUUAGCUUCGUGGAGAUAUGCCUCGAGGACCAAAAAAAACAAACAAACAAUAUCCUUUUCAAACUGAUCAAUGCGAUCCUGAUUAAAGUGGCAACCUAUCAUUCUCUCUUUUAAAGGUUUCAGAAUGCCUGGACUCUACAAUGCCUCCACCUGGGUGCAGCUCCCUCUAGAGGCUUCUUCCGUAAGUGCCUGUGCCAAUGGAUACAGCUUCGGAAUCGCUGCACAUCUCACCUACCUAAACACGAACAGUGACUCUGUGCACGGUAUGAGAUUAUUGAGUUUUCUAUUUCACCUGUUCCUGGAUAUUUAGAAUCGAGGCCUAAUUGUCUGCCAUCAGGGAGGAUUUCAUUGUAAUGUUAAAUCUGACAGGAAGUGUUCUCACUAAGAGCACUUCUUGUCAGUCCGGGUAGAGGAAACUGAAAAUCCUCUAUCCGCUAAGCAGCAGGCACAGGAGGUUGGCGGAAUGGAGGGGAUGGACAUGUAGGGGGAACUGUGUCACAUGGAGUGGAGGGGGACUGAGAUACAUGGAGGGGAGUGAAAGGAGGGAUAGACGCUCAAAAACUGACCAGCAGGAGGGGAGCGCUUUCCCUCCUGCUGAUUGCCUCACCGGGCAGUUCUUGCUGACAAUAUUAAAGGCAGGAGUGCUCUAUUGGGAAGUAGGAAGUGAAUCUCAUCUGUUUAAUUGUCAGCUGGGAGGCGUUUCUAUUUUGAAAUCUAAAACUGCUAUUUUCACAAUGAAAUUGGCACUUUUCUAAACUGGAAUUGUAAAUGGAUACUCCACAGCCAUAUAGCUAUUCGGCAAGCUGAAGUGGUCUAUGGGUACGGUGGACUGCUCCUUUAAUAUAUAUAUCCAGCCAUUUGCAAUACUUUGAAACCUUUGAGACUUUCGGACAAAGUGAGGCUGAUAUAUGCAUUGUUUUCCAUCCCUUCCCACAAUGUCAGCUAUCUUACAAAAUAUGGAGUUCCCACCAUGGUUAAUGGCUCAGGAUUUUGGAGGGUUAGAGCACCCUGGUUUUCGGUGGUUUAAACAUUAUACUGUGUUUCCAAGUUGGGCUCUGUUGCAGAUAUGGAUUGCCUUUCUCUUCUCCAGACUAGAGAUGUUUUUGUUAUUUGCAAAUACAAGAUUUUACUCUCUGUGAGAGUGUAAAGCAGGCUACCACCUAGAGCCAGCUUUUAUGAAGACCUCGUUGUCCAAGCAUCUGGGAGAAAGAGCCUGAUCUCCCUGAAAUCUUGUAUUUGGGGAAACCUAACUCACAUACAUUACUGGGCUCAAGACCUGUGUGUGCAUAAAACGCUUCAGGUGAAGCAUAUUUUAGAUUUUUGCACUAAUGUAAGCAAAGGUUUUACUGGAGAACUUUAGCUUUACUGACUGUCCUUUGCAGCCAUGUUUAUAUACCUACUGGAGGAGGGAGAGGUGGUGACGAAUUUUGAGGCAAUCAUUGGCAACCGCAAAGUUCAAGCUCAGGUCCAGAGCCAAAUCCGAAUGGAGGAUUGCUGCUCGGAGUGCCAGUGGGAGUCCAUCCCUUGUUACUGUCCCAAUGGUGAGUCCUGUCUUUCUAACAAAGGUCAAAAGCCACACCUAGGCUCACAGUGUCCCCAAUAGCUCUGUGCAUAAAACUGUAAUAAACCCAAUAUGCUUUUAGAUUUCUGGUUUAAAUGAAAUCAACUUUAAAAUUAGUAAGGAUAUCACAUUUACCUUUUUAUUUUCAACCCACUACAUUCCUCCCCCCCACCUACCCCAUGUCCUUUUUAAUGGAUAUGUCCAAAAUCGCAAUGUUUCAUUUGUAGGAACUCAGAAGUGUGUGGAGUUGUAAACAUUCUUUGAACCCCUAAUUCUAUGAAAGGAAAGUGUCACAAGCCCCUUACACAACCAAACAGUCCUUUAGAUGUUUUAUAUGACAUUUGAAAUUAAACUCUUAACCUAUUGCAUUCAUUUUUUUAAAUAAUACAUUGUUUUACAUUUCUUUAAAGUUCUUCAAGAAACUACUCAGUAAUGUGCUUAUAUUCUUAUUUUAUUUUCGUUUCCCUUUUCUUUUCUGUGCGCACUUGCACUCAGGUCACAUUGUGUUGGAUGCAGAUACAGCACACGAUUUGUUUGCCCUCAGCGUGGGAGUACUUCCCCCUUCUACCGUUCUGAAUGUGACCUUGCGAACCAGUCGAGAGCUACAUACCCUUCCAAGCGGAGCCGUGCGUGUGAUCCUCAACUCCACACUCACACCCUUGGCCCCUGAGCCAGGGACUGCCAGCGAACAGGGGGAGGGUCUGUGUGACGACAGGUUGUGCUCAUGGUGAUUGUGCGUUCUGUGUAUGGGGGCUUGGUUUCAACUUCUUGCACCAAUCUCAGCUUGCAGUCUUUAAAAUUGAAUUGUAAUGUGUACUGUACUUUCUGUCAUUGUGGCCACGUACUAGUGGAGGUCUGUAGCUUUAAAUCUGCUAGAACUGUGUGUUGAUGCAUGAACGUGCAACUCGUUUUGAUUACGUGAUUAUGUUGUGGUGCAGGGUGCUGUGUGGUGUUGUUGGGGGCUCAAUUGAGGUGAGUACUUUCCCACCUCUACUUAACACUAGGCUCAGUUUUAAUAUUAUUUUUGCCCAGUGUUUAUAAUCUAACAAUGUUUAAACCAUGUUUUACAGCCCAACCAGUUGUUUUGGGGGUGUGAGUGGUGCUGGAGGAAACUCUUGGGUUCUUCUUCCUGAUUCCUCACCCCAAAUGCAGCCUCCAGGUCGCUCCAAUUCCCUGUCUGCUGCUCUCACCGGGCCAGCCACCAAUCCACAACAUUACCAGUUCAGCUUUCGCCUGAAGGUCCAAGGUCCAUGCCUGUUGGCAGGUAAUAGCAGUAUUUAGCAGUGUGGUGAGUAUGUCCAGCACAUACCUGUUUCCACUAUAAAGAAAAUGUAUCUGGUAUGCGUUCAUACCAGCUAAAUAAAUAAAUAAAACUAGAGAAAUGAAAAUGAGUUGGCUAUAUAUUAUCAUAGUAAUCUAGAAUGAAAACUCAUUUGUGUACUCAUCCUUACUUUAUAUAACUUGGUGGUACUCUCUCCAACAGAUGAGCAAGCAAUGAAUAUUAACACACAUCAUGGUCUUUUAUCCAGUUAGAAUGUAGACAUUUUUAUAAGACUCCGUGUUCCAUUUUGUAACCACUCUCAUCUUCCCAGGCUUUCUGUUAAUAAUAAUAUUUGCCUUAUCCUCUUUUCUCACAGGUAUAGAGAGUCCGUCACAUGCACUCCGAGCUGAUGCAAGCCCAUUUGCUGUCUCAGCCUCCUCAGUAUGGAUCAGUCUGGCCGAGGAAUACAAGUGCGACAGAGCUGUAGAGAUAAUUCUGCACCCCAGUGGUAAGAGAACGGUUAUGGGUAGCAGUGAGGGCAAUACCAGAUGGGUAACAUUGGCUGUUGGAGAGGCAGUGAUACUAAGUGAUCACUUAGUUUACCAAAGAUGAAGUUGAAAUGUGAUAAGACAUGUAUUGUAAAUUUUCACACUGGACAAAAGUGGUAAGUGGUGUCCCUCAGGGUUCUGUUCUGGGACCGCUUCUAUUUAACAUAUUUAUAAAUUGUCUUGAAAUGGGCAUUGAAAGUCAUGUUUCAGUGUUUGCAGAUGACACAAAGCUUUGUAAAGUAAUAAAAUGUGAGCAGGAUAUAGCUCUGCUGCAGAGGGAUUUAGAUAGUCUGGGGGACUGGGCACUCAAAUGGCAGAUGAAAUUUCAUAUAGAAAAAUGCAAAGUUGGGGAAAAGAAUGCACAAGCAAUUUAUACCCUAAACGGUAGUCAAUUAAGGAUAACAACACAUGAGAAGGAUUUGGGAAUUGUUAUAGAAAAUAAACUUGGCAACAAUGUGCAAUGUCAAUCAGCAGUGGCUAAGGCCAGUAAGGUAUUGUUAUGUAUGAAAAGGGGAAUUCAUUCUAAUAAAAGGGAAUGAAAUAGUUUAGCUAUGAAGAAAGGUUAACAGAUUUAAACCUCUUAGUUUAGAAAAACUGCGUCUCAGAAGGGAUAUGAUAACAUAUAUACGAAUAUAUCUGGGGCCAAUACAAACCAUUGUCUGGAAAUCUGUUCACAAACCGAACUAUACAUAGGACAUGAGGUCACGCGUUUAGACAGGAAGAAAGGAGAUUUAAUCUAAAGCAAAGAAAAAUUGUUUUUUACAGUACGAACAAUAAGGAUGUGGAAUUAUCUUCCUGAAGAAGUCGUUUUAUCAGACCCUCUGCUGACGUUUAAACAGCAACUAGAUGCAUACUUGCAAAAAAAGAAUAUUCAAUUAUAUAAUUUUUCAAUGUAGGGUAAUAGCUUCUUGAUCCAAGAAUCUUACUGCCAUUCUGGGGUUAAUAAGGAACUUUUUCCUAGUUUAUUGCAAAAUUGGAAGUGCUUCAACCUUUUUUUUUUUUUUUUUUUUGUCUUGGAUCAACAGCAAAAAACAGAUGUGCGAAAAGUUGAUGAAACUUGGACACAUCUCUUUUCAGCCUAUGUAACUAUUACAAGCUGCCUAGCAUGUAGAUAAAUGCUAAAUGAUUUGUAUCUCAAUGUGCUGCAAAACAAUGGAUUGAAAAAAACCCCAAGGUAAACUGUUAUUGUAAGUCAGAUCUGAAGUUUUUUUUUUUUUUUUAUAUAUAUUAAAACAGUAAGGUUGCAGAAUACAGAGGGUAUUGGUGAGGGAUGUGCAUGGGCAAAAAAAUUUGGUUUGGUUUGGCGUUCUGAAAUUCGGCACUUCGGCGGUUUGGCUCUUCCGAAAUUAAGGACUUUGGCAAAUCAGGACUUCGGCACUUCUGAAAUUAGGGACUUCGGGUAAGUGUAGGCUUAGGGUUGGGUUAGGGGUAGGGUUAGUGUUAGGAGUCGGGUUAGGUUUAGGUUAGGGGUUGGGUCAGGGACGUAUUAGCCGCGAGGCAAACAAGGCAUUUGCCUUGGGCGGCAUUUUUCAGGGGGGCGGCAAAAAAUGCUGCCCCCCAAAUGCCCAUGGCAAAUGCCUAGUUAGCCUCGCGGCUAACAGACAUGCCGAGCGGGCAGGCGGCGCUGGCUGCUGGGCAGGCGGCGCUGGCUGCUGUACGGGCGGCUGGCGAGGGAGCACUUCCUCUGAGUGGUCUGCUCAGCUCCCUCGCGCGCCGCAAAGUGAGGCUGGGAUGACGUCACUCUGCGGCGCGCGAGGGAGCUGAGCAGACCGCUCAGAGGAAGUGCUCCCUCGCCAGCCGCCUGCACAGCAGCCAGCGCUGCCCAGCCCGACCGGCAGCCACUGGACCACCAGGGAGAGAGAGAGACUCCCCCCAGCACUCCCAAAGGUAAGGAGGUUGGGGGGGGGGUUUAAAUGAAAAAAAAAAGUUAAUGUGAGUGAUUGUGUGUGUGUUUGUGUCUGACUGUGUGUGCGUGUGUGUCUGACUGUGUGUGUUUGUGUCUGACUGUGUGUGUGUGUGUCUGACUGUGUGUAUGUGUUUGUGUCUGACUCUGUGUGUGUGUGUAUUUAGGAGGUGGGGAGGGGGGGAAGGGUUGGGUGGGGGUUGCGCAGGGGGAGGGGGGCGCCUGAGUUUUGUCCUGCCUAGGGCAGCACAAAACCAGGAUACACCACUGGGUUGGGUUAGGAGUAGGGUUAGGGUUGGGUUAGGAUUAGGUUAGGGGUAGAGGUACCCUACGCCUAACCCUAACCAUAGUUCUAACCCUACUCCUUACCCUAACCCUCCCCCAACCCCAAUCCUACCCCUACCAGUUUUGCCACUUUUCAGAAGUCCGAAGCACUUCGCCAAUUCGGUUCGGUUCGGCACUUUGGAAAUUCGGCAAUUUGACACUUCAGACACUCGGAGGCAUCCGAAUGUCCGAAAUUCGACCAAAUUUCCAUUCGGACCGAACCAAAUUGCACAUGUCUAGUAUUGGUACAGGCAGUGGUGUAUCCUGGUUUUGUGCUGCCCUAGGCACACUCACUGACACACACUCACUCACAUUAACACAUAUUUUUUUAUUCACCACCCCCCCCCAACCUCCUUACCUUUGGGAGUGCUGGGGGGGGGGAGGGGUUCAUUACCUCCCUGGUGGUCCAGUGGUUGCUGGGCUGGGCGGGCGGCUGGCGAGGGAGCUCUUCCCCUGAGCGGUCUGCUCAGCUCCCUCGCGCGCCGCAGAGUGAGGCUGGGAGCCGGAAUAUGACGUCAUAUUCCGGCUCCCAGCCUCACUCUGCGGCGUGCGAGGGAGCUGAGCAGACCGCUCAGGGGAAGAGCUCCCUCGCCAGCCGCCCGCACAGCCCGGCAUGUCUAUUAGCCGCGAGGCUAACAAGGCAUUUGCCCUGGGCAUUUGGGGGGCGGCGUUUUUUGCUGCCCCCUGGAAAAUGCCGCCGAAGGCAAAUGCCUUGUUUGCCUCGCGGCUAAUACGCCCCUGGGUACAGGGAUAGGUGAGAAGCCCAUUUGGUAUCAAACUGAUCAUAAGUUGUCGUGAAUAUUGUGCUUGGUGUGCCCAUGUAUAACAUGAAUUCAGCUGCAGAUUAUAGUGUAAAACUAAGAUUUUGAGUUGUUUGUGGAUUUAAAUUACACUCAAUAUAUCAACAUAUUUGGACUACACUGGGUAGUGUAAUAUAAACUUGCACAUGCAGUCAGUUUUUGGGUGUGAGAAAUGGACAGUCAGACAGACGCCUCCAGCAAUGUUUCCAUUGCAAAACUCCAUUGUGGUGAGAGAGGCCUACUAAUGUGGACACAAUAUUAUGAAUUGGGAGAGAGUAUGCCAAUUCACUUUCAUAUAUUGGAACCACAACCUGUGUGAAAGGACCUAAAACAAAACAAACCAAAAAAUCAAUGCAGUCAGAGGCCUAGUCUGUGUCUGCUGAGAGGAAGGCAGAGUCUACAACCAUGUUUAUGAGAUGUGUGAAUGUCAAUCUAUAUAAUUCCAUUGUCCAAUGUGUCUCUGCCAUGAAUAAAUACAAUGUGAUGACGGUGGAUCACUACAGGCAAAAAGCAGGUUGGCUUGCAGCCCAAGAUUAAUGCUUAGAAGUUAGGUGGAUCUUUUCCUUCUUGGGGAAUAACCUCAGACAGUGAUUCUAUUUGCAUAUCAGCAAAUAUGGCUUAAACCGGAAAGUUUGUUAAAUACUUGUAUAAAACAGUGUUAAUAUUGCAAGCCAAUUUUUCACCGUCUACAAUGACUUGAUAGUUUUAUAAACUUGAUUAUAUUGUAAUUAUUUUGCAUCACAUUUAAAGAUAUGCUCGCACAUAAUUUCAAGUGCAGCUUGUAAUCUAUGCAUAUAUAAUAAAAUAAUUGUCGUGAUGAUUUACAGCCAGCCUAAAGCUAUUCGUACCCAGUCAAGUAGACAUUUUAGCUUCCGAUCAAUGCUUUCUUCUGUCUUCUACAUUCUUGGCAGAGAAUUGUGAUCUUAUUGAAAGAGUUUUUGUGAGAGCUUGGCAGAGAAUGGGAUGCUCUGGGUAAAGAAUUGCUCAACUAUAUCUGCUAAACAUAACAAUUAAAGUGGUUCAGUCAAGGCAUUUAUGGUGCCUUCCGUUUUGUAUGUAAUAAUAUAGGCAGCACAUGUUUGUGUUUGGGCAGUAAGGUCCCUAGAGGAUUAAACAUUUUUGCAAAGCCCUAAAUUAGAUUUAGUUUGCUAAAUUGUUCAGAUCACUUUUUCCAGAUUUUACAUAAUGGCCAUUAAGACGUACUGUGUGGAAUUAAGCGUUCCGGGAUGUAUUGUGUAUUUGGCUUAUGAUGCAGAGCAAACUUGCUACAAUCAAUAUGUCUGACUGUGUCUUCAGAUUUUGGUUUUUCUUGACUCUGGAUCACAAGUGCAUUGCUCUGGUGCUGGUCUAGUUUAACGACUGAUCAGAACUGUAGUAACAGGGAAGCUAUCUAGAACACAGCAAUAAAGUAAGACUAGUGUAGAUCACCAUGACGUCUGAAGUGACACAAAUGUUUACUUUGGCUAUGAAACCGUAAAGUGGACUAAAUUAUUUAAGGGAAAUGUGCACUAAUAAACCCCUUUGAGUGGGUUCUGCUAAUAUGCUUCUAAUGCGUUGCAGAAUAUGUUGGAGCUAUAUAAUUGCCAAUCAUAAUGAUAAUUUGCAUAGCAACACAGGUUUUCGUCCUGUGAAUGCCAUGUGUACCUUCAAAUGUUUGUCUGAUCUGACUAGGGACUUUUGUAAGGUUCUGUCUAUUGUGAUAUGGCUUUGGAAAGCUGUUUUCCCUUUGUUUAUCUGUCUGUCUUAGAACCACAUCUCCCGCACUUGUCUCUUGAGCGAGGAGCCAAAACCUUCUUGCAGUAUGAGAUGCAGAUCAAGCAGAGAAAAGACUUUAUCCGUGCAAUCAAGAAAUCCAGUGACCCUGAGAAACAAGUAAGGAGACUGGUAUAACACUCGUGGGGACAAUGAAAUGGGUGAAUGCAUUUAGUGUGAUAUUAUAGAACAGUGGGGCAGUGACAGGAUUAGAAGUUUAUGUGACACGACCAAGAAAUGGUCAAACGUCUCUAUUGUAAGCUCAUUUGAGCAGGGUCCUCAAUGACCUCCUAUUCCUUUUGUAAUAGUUUUGUCUCGUUUGUUGUUAAAUCCCCCCUCUAUAUUGUAAAACGCUAUAGAAUAUGUUGCCGCAAUAUAAAUUCCAAUAACAAUAAUGUUUUAUCUCCAUGUCUAGGUUAACUUUGUGCGAAGACGUUUCCACAAGGAUCUCCACCUCACUCCAGUCCUGAUGCUGAACUUCUGUCCUGACUUAUCUGCCCUCAGUUCCUUGAGCUCUGACCUCCCUAAUGUGACUCGGGAGGUCAUAUUCCUUUUGCAUCAUUUAGAAGAGCCCUCCCGCAAUUUUCGGGUAAGAGCUGGCACCAUACCCUACUCAACAUUUACACAACAUGCGGUUUUGUUCACGCAACUUAAACUGUGAGAGAUAUGUUAAAAUAAACGGAAUAUUGACAACUUUAAUUUUGACAAUAAUCAAACCCAGGGCCGGUGCAAGGAUUUUUGCUACCUUAAGCAAACAAAAAUUUGCUUCUGCCCCCCAUGUGACAUUACAUUGGCCCACCCAUAUGAUCUGCCAUAUGGGCCAAUGCCAGUUCUGCACAAAGUGUCUUUUAGCUGAAAAGGCAGUGUGUUUACAUUUUUACAUUAAAAAGCCUGCAGGGACAGGUUAUAGACACCAGAACAUUAAGCCGCAGUGGUUCUGGUGACGAUAGUAGCCCUUUAAUAUGAGGUAAAUUAGAGACUAGUGUCACUUAUAAUAUAUUGGAUUGCCUACUUACCACCAGAUGAGGACAAGAGGAUGAUGAUGGGCUCAGGCUGCAGUCUGGCUCCACAUGUCUGGUGUAGAAGAAGCUCUCUGGAGCUGUAACAGUGCUCACAACAAUUAACAAACAGGAAGCAGCUCCAUUUUUGGGGCCCCUUACACAGCUUAAGGUCUGACCGUGAGUAUGCCUACAAGGCCCGCCCAUAAGUCCACCUACAUGGCCCACCCAUGACUUCUCUCACAGGGAGUGGAGUGUAUGUGUGUAGGGGAUAUGUUAUGUGUGAUUGUAGAGGAUGUAAUGUGUGUGUUCUAAUGGAAUGUAGUGUAUAGGGAUACCAAUUUGUAUAGGGGAUGCAGUCUGUGUUUGUGUGUAAGGAAUGCAUUGUGUGUUUGUGUUUGUGUGUGUAAGGAAUGCAAGGUGUGUUUUUGUGUAUGUAAUUUAAUGCAGUGUGUGUAUGUAAGGGGUGCAUUGAGUGUGUGUAAGAUGCAUUUUGUUUGUGUGUGUGCGUAAGGGAAGCAGUGUAUGUGUGUGCGUAAGGGAUGCAUUGUGUGUGUGUGUGUAUAAGGGAUUUUUUUUUUUUAAUAGUGCUCUCUCCUCCCCUCCUGAACCCUUAGUGCUCUCUCCUCCCCUCCUGACCCUUAGUGGUCUCCCUUGGCCCCCUGUCCCUUAGUGAUAUUCCCUUCCCUCCAGUCCAUUAGUGAUCUCCCCACCCGGCCUGUCCUUUAGUGAUCUCCCCUACCCCUCCAUCCUUUGAUCUCUCCCCUGCCCCUGCGUGGUCUCUUCCCAGUUCCUCAGUUUACUCUCCCCUCCCUGUCACUUGGUGGUCUCCCCCCUCUUAGUGGUCCUCUCCAGUCCCCCCUUCGUGGUUCUCUCUCUCCCCAAUUCCCCUCCCAACCUUAAGACCCAUACUGGUCCUCCCUCUCUUAGUGGUCCUCCUCCCCAACCCCUUAGUGGUCCUCCCCCCUAAAUGGUCAUCCCUCUCCCCCUCCCCUUAGUGGUCCUCCCUCCCCCCUCUAGUGGUCCUCUCCAGUCCCCAUCCCCCGUUAGUGGUCCUCCCUCUCCCAAACCCCUUGGUGGUGGUCUUCUCACCCCCACACCCCUCCUUAGCGGUCCUCCCUCCCCCCUUAGUGGUCCUCACUCCCUGUUGUGCCUCCUACUUAUGUAGCGUGGCUGGGCGGCUCAGAUCGCGGUACAGAAACUUCUGUUUCCCUGAUCCCAGGGGAACUAUAUAUUGUGGGGAUAUUUAUGGGAUAAUAAUAGUAACAGUGAGAAUUGCCCAGUAAUUCAAUUCUCAGACCCAAAGAUCGUUAUCGUGUUAAGUGAGAAGUAUUUCAUAUAAAUAAUAUUCACAAUUUUUGUUAUAAAAAUAGAUUUAUUUAUAAUAACAAGUUAAUUAAUAAUAAUAAUAUGUAACAUGCAUGACAAUAAUCAAUGAAUAUCCAGUAUAAAAUGGUAUGCAAUACAAAGAAAUGGCUACACACGUCUCAACGGCUAAAACAGCAUUAUCUGUCAAGUCUUCUGAUUUAUGAGGUAUCUUUAACACAGACUGAAAGGAAAACUUUUCACAGCGAAGGGCCAUAAAACCCUGGCUAACAGUUAGAAUAACCCUUUCAAUGCUGGCUAGAUCUCCUAAGUAGUUAAGAUCUAUUCUUAUGUCAUUUUAAAUAAAAUAACAUUUAAACCAGUUCAUUAGUCAUUUCCUGGAACCAUCCAAUAAGAGAAUCUACCAUAUUAUAUAAGCAGAUUUUAAUUUGUCUAAAAGAUAUCUUAUCUUAAAUUAGAGCAAAUCAAUACACCUGGAUAAAAACAACGGUAUGCUACCACGUGAUACUAUCACAUUAAUAUAUAUAUAAUUAUUCUUAAUUCCACCUGCAGAAUGGAAUGUUUAUAACUAUAUAUUCUUUAGUUAACUAGGAUUUCUUAAUAUGGAAAUCUGACCGUGCUUUAUCCAGUCAUAUAUAAUGCUAUUAAUACAUUUUAAUUAAUUUAAUUUAAUUAAAUGAAACCAGUAUAAUUACCAGUUGAGUAGAUAUUUCAUCCGAUUGGUAGAUAGUCUCAGGAACUUAUUUGGAUGUCUGUAGGUGCAUGAGUUAUGGUGAAAGGUGGUGUUGGUUAGAAAGUCAGUGAAAUUCUAAGUGUUAGAGUUUUAAGUGUAGAGUGUUAGUCUCAGAUGUUGUCCUGGGUUUCUCUGCAUGUCCGAGUUGGAGUCCCCAAACUUCCAAUUCCUCUCUCCUCUUUUUCUUUCUUUGCCUCCUUUUCCUUUCCUUUGUCUUAACUUUUAAAGGGCCAGACUCUCUGCACGUCAUCAGUUAAUAACCCAAUAGAAGUACUAGAGGUGUGGUUAUCUUCCAGAUCGCAAUUUAGUUAUUUGGUCUAUAGAGGGCAGUCUUGUCCCACUAAACAUACCUAUCCAGGAAAGAGUUAACUUUUCCUGGUGGCUAUUUUGACGUCAUUUUGGCCUAUCUAGAUAGUGGCCAUAACUUACGUAUCCUUCACAGAUCAAAGGGUUUCUUUAAGUUUUGUCCAGACUAUGUGUCUGGCAAAUCCUGCUAUAAUUUCUAAAAUGGCAGAUCAUGAACUAAGUUUAACCUUAAACUUACAAUGGGACCUUAUACAUAUAUAGACAGUCUAUUUUAUUAUUUAAUCUUCUCUGUCACAAUUGUCUGGGUUUAGAUUUGAUCUAUUCCAUUAGCAUUAGACAGUCUAUCCAACCCCCCUUUUUCUUAUCACUUGUUUAUACUAUGCAUUCCUUUAGCUCGGGCAAAAAUGGUUAGUUUUACAGAUAGAAAUCUUGUGUCUUUUUGUUAACUUGGAAAUAACAAAAUGGAGUCUGCUCUGUUCAGAGUGACUCAGAAUAUACACUUUUAAUUUCUAUCAUAGCACAAGAUGUCUGCCGAUAUAAAUACCCUGACAAUAUUUAAAUAUUCAAUUCACUUCUGCCUAAAUCAUUCCUUGUGUACAGAUUCCUUCAUUCAAUCAGUUAAGCAAACUUGAACCACCAAACAGAACGUACAAUGGAUUUUUUGUCUCUUCCAAUAUUUAUGGAAAUAUAAUACAUCAUUAAACCCAUAACACAACACUAGAGGAGGGACUCUGGGUUAACUGGCUACUAGCCACGAUAAUUCCAUAUACCUGACACAUGCACAGCAAAAUAACACUCCCCCUGAAAGGCAUCUCGGGAAACUCACACUCCCUGUUCCCACUGACAUACGCAACAUAAUAAAUAACCCCCAUCGCACGUUACUCUCGAACCACUACAUCCCGACGUCAUGUAGGCCAGCCAGGGAAACAAACCCAAACUUAGAUGAAUCAUACGAGAUGCGGGGGACAAUACCCCAAGGAGGAAGGGAGAUUCCUCACCACAGCGGCCCCAAAGAUAACCCUCCUUGGCUCUAUCACAUUACGUGAUACGAACGCACCGAGGACCAGAACACACAUAUGGAAGACCACACAACAGGGGGGGAAACUUGACGCAAUAUAAUUUCACUUUCGAUAACCCACACUAUCGUCUCCCGACUCCACUUGUACCAAAUGUUCCACUCGAAAUUAACAUACUACCCCUACUUAGGCAAUGACCCUUUUAUCCUAUCACACACCCCAAUACAUCUCACCACACUCUUGCACUUACCAACAAACCUUAAUAAAGCUUAACGCCUUUAUAUGUGCAACCUCAAGGCACUGACGGACGCUAAUACAUCCACACUUGAUCUCACUUAUGAAAAGCCCAAGCGGAUAUAUAUACAGUUUCAAACCGAAACAACAUGGCAAUUUAUGUUAAGAAACUCCGCUACAAUCGAAUAUUGAUACUCGCUGUAUACCAAACCUGAUUGUAAAUUCCAUUUAGACAUAUACCGUACUAACAAUAUGUACAUAGUUUGUAUUAUUACUGUCAUGGGCCUGUGAGCCUCAAACGUCUUCUGUUCUCACUUCAAUAAAAACUGAUUAACCAAAAAAAGAAAUAUAAUACAUCAUUGAAUAAACGUAAACUCAUAAUAUUGUGAAGCGCUACGGAAUAUGUUGGCGCUAUAUAAAUAAUAAUAAUAAAAUUAUAAGCAGUAAGAAAAAGUCAUACAAAUAUAAAUGUAUAAAUAUUUACUUACUCCAUACAUGUCUUAUAAUUAAUAAUUGUAUUGCCUGUUAUAUUUAAAUAAUUUUUAUGCAAAUGUUAUUGUUUAAAGUAUACCACCUAUUUUCUAAUCAUUUUAUAAAGUGCUAAGCCAGUGAUAAAGUAACAUCUGACUCUUAUGGAACAUGUUUCUAUAUGCAAUAUCUUACUUGGCUCUCAGUUUCUUCAACUGUUUUCCUUUUUAGUCUGUUUGUUUGCAUAUUUUUUUCCUUCGUUUAGGAUUAAACAUUUCUGAUGGAAUGCUUCAGAUAUAUUAACCAUCCUUUCUGCAUUGCAAUAUGAUUUCCAUUCUUUAGUGGUUUAUAGGAAGAGCCUUCAAAGUGAUUAAAAUAUGGUGCCUGACUUUUAACACACGCAUCCUUAAAAUAAAGGGCAAAAAAUAGACAAAAAUUAAACCGUGUAUUCAUACAACCUAUAUUAAUCAUAAAUCAUAAGAUCAUAAAAUGUAUACUUCAAUUUUAUAUAGCUUGUCCUUUUUCAGUUUUCCAAAAACAACAAAAAAACACCACCAUAAAAAGUAGUUGGUUAUAUUCAUUAUUUAAAAGGUUACUUUAAACAUUCAGCAUUUUAAAGUGGUUGUGGUGCAAGGAGCCUGUAUGUGCAUCAUUUCAAUAUGAAGUACAUGCAGAGAUAUUUAGGCUUGUUGCUUGAGGUCUAACUCUCUACUUCUGGAAGCAUCAUUAACCAACUGAGAAUGAGAGUUCCGGGUUGACUAUUGGUGAUUCUGUGCACAUUCUGUGUACAGUGAUUCAUUGGCUGGGAAUACACACAGCUGAUGGUCUAUGCCAAUGAAUGGAUGGCAGGAUUGGCAUUGCAGAAAGCGAAUGUGAUUCAGCCAACAUGUUAGGAGGCUUGGUGCACGGCAAUAACUAUGGAAGAAGCAAACUGUUAGAAAAUAAACCCACAUAUAAAUAGAAUAAAAACAUGUAAUAUAUGAAUAUACUCUAAUGCUUUCCAGAAUCUUGAUUCCACUGAUUCUGGAUUGUAUAAUAUGGAUGUGGAUCAUUCACUGAUACUGUUAAAGAGAUAUAGAACAUAAGAAUGAUGCUUGAAAAAUACUGCAAGUCUUUCUGACACAAGUGUUGACCAAUUGUCUAUUUUCCUCCUUUUACUUUUUCACUUGAAUGUGUUGCAGGAUGCUAUUCUGCUGGCAGUGAGGAGUUUACCUGCACGCACUUUACUGAAUGUAGCAGGUGGCAUGUUUGACAGCAAGACCUUGUUCCCCACCAGCAGGCAAUGCAGCAACGUGAGUGAGGGGGGCUGCAAGGGAUUCUGGGUACUCUGUACUACUGCCUGCAAAGAAUACUGGGAGCUUGGUGAGAAUUUGCAGUACCAAUCACACGGCACUUUAGUCUACUCUUUCCUUACUCUUUCCUUACUUUAUCCUAUUUUCCAUUAACCUCUUGCGCUUUUCUCCAUCUUAGAUCUGCUUUGUCUAUCUUAUUUAAUUAAAGUUAGGCUUAUGUAAAUUAAGUCUUGGAAUUCACAUUAGAGCUCUCCCCCCUAUGUAUAUUGCCCUGUUUAGCCUUGCUGUUGGAAGCGAGCUUAUUAAAUGUGACGAACAUGACUGAGAGUUUCUUAUUUAAUAGGAGUCCCUGGACAUGGCAUGUGAUUACAUACAGAGGGGCAGUUUGUAUGGCACCGCCAGUAAUCUGUAUUCCGUGUUAAGUCGGAUCCUGGCACUCCCGGUGCAUCGUGGGUACCCACGACAACUCUUCCUUUUUAUGGACCAUACUGCCAGUUGUCCUGGCAAAAUCAUUGAGCUGCUAAGACGGCAUGUAAAGACCACGAGGUAAGAGUGUUCUGAACAGUUUGUCUAUAUGGGGAUAGAUACUGGAUACAGUGCCAUCUUAGCAACAUUAUGGGCCCUGGGCAAAGCACUACACUGGGGCUCUGCCUACACACAACUCACUGGAAUACAAUUUUUAAUUCUAGAUACAAUUAAGCUUUUAUUUAUUAGUACCUCUAACAAAUGCAAUACAUACACACAGACUGCUGAAAACAUUCACAUACCGACUGCUGAAAACAUUCACAUACCGACUGCUGAAUACACUCACACACACACCGACUGCUGAAUACACACACUCAGAUUGCUCAAUACAUACACACAGUCCACUGAAUACACACACACACACACACACAGACUGCUGAAUGUACACACACACUGCUGAAUACACACACACACAAACACACACAGAAUGCUUGGUUGUAUAGGGAGAUGUAUUAGCAGUAGAAAGAGGGAAGUGCUCAUGCCAUUGUAUAGAACACUGGUGAGACCUCACUUGGAGUUUUGUACGCAGUACUGGGACUGUAUCUCCAGAAAGAUAUGGAUACUUUAGAGAGAGUUCAGAGAAGGGUUACUAAACUGGCUCAUGGAUUACAGGAUAAAACUUACAAGGAAAGGUUAAAAGAUCUUAACAUGUAUAGCUUGGAGAAAAGACGAGACAGCAGUCCCCCUGCUGGUGAAAAAGUAAAAACACAAAGUAAAAAAAAAAAGUUAGAAUAAAGUUCAUAAAUUAACAAAAAAAUAAAUGUGUAUGUGUGUGUGUGUGUAUAUAUUUAUAUAUAUAUAUAUAUAUAUAUAUAUAAUCUUCUAUAACGUCAUACUAAGUGUAUUUUUUUUAUUAAUAUAUACAUAUAUUAAUAUCAAAAUUCACUUAGAAUUAAAUUAUAUAUAUAUAUAUAUAUCUAUGUAUAUCCCCUUAACGACCAUGGAUGUACUAGGUACAUCCGACAAAAAACGGUCAUAAGACCGUGGACUUAACUAGUAUGUCCGUGGCAAAUAGGAGCCCUGGACUUACCUGGACCGGCUAUCCGCGCCAAUCACGUUUGGGGGGGUUGCCGGAGACCCCAGCAGCAGCUCCGGCCACCCCGGCCCUCCAGGACCAUGUGAUCACCAUGAUCACAUCGCCGCAAUAGGACUCUAGGAGCUGCCAGCAGGGGGACUGUCUGAGCUAUAUGUAUAAUAUAAUAUAAUAUGUAUGUAUAAUAUAUCAUAAAAUUCUUUAAUUAUAAUAUAUUAUACAUAUAUAGAAAAUAAGUGUGUGUGUGUGUAUGUAUGUAUGUUUACAUUAAAAGGCCUGCAGGUACAGGCUAUAGACACCAGAACCACUACAUUAAGCUGCAGUGGUUCUGGGGACUAUAGUGUCCCUUUAAUGUGAGGUAAAUUAGAGAUUAGCGCCACGAAUAAUAUGCUAGAUUGUCUACUUACAACCAGAUGAGGAUGAUGAUGGGCUCUAGCUGCAGUCUGGCUCCACUGGUCUGGUGUAGAACAGGCUCUCUGGAGGCUGUUUGUAACUGUGGUCACAAAAUCAAUGUUCUGGGAGAACGGGAAGCAGCUCCAUUUUUUGGGGGGCCCUUUACACAGCUCAAGGUCUGGGUCCCAGGGUCCACCAAUGAGUUUGUUCACAGGGGGUGGAGUGUGUAGGGGAUGUCCUGAUAUGUGUGUAAGGAAUGCAUUGUGUGAAUCUGUGUUUGUAUGUGUAAGGGCUGCAAGGUGUGUUUCUGUGUAUGUACGGGAUGCAGUGUGUGUGUCUGUAAGGGGUGCAUUGAGUGUAUGUACGGGUUGCAUUUAGUGUGUGUAAGGAAUGCAUUGUGUGUUUCUGUGUGUGUAAGGUUUGCAUGAUUGUGCGAUUGUGUGUGUGUGAUGGAUGUCAAUCUCUCUCCCUCCCUUGUCACUCUCUCCCCCUCCCUCCCUUGUCACUCUCUUUCUCCCCUCCCUCCCUCCCUCGUCACUCUCUUUUUUUUCCCCCUCCCUCCCUUGUCACUCUUUUUCCCCCUCCCUCCCUUGUCACUCUCUUUCUCCCCCUCCCUCCCUUGUCACUCUCUUUCUCCCCCUCCCUCCCUUUUCACUCUCUUUCCCCCCUUGUCACUCUCUUUCUCCCUCUCCCUCCUCCCUUGUCACUCUCUUUCUCCCCCUCCCCCCCUACCUCUUGUUGUAGCGUCGCCGAGCGCUGCAUCAUGGUCCGCGGGUACAGGUAGCUUUUGUAUCCUGUACCCGCCGGACUAAAAGGAAGUGAAUACUCAGUGUGCACUUCCUGUUAGUUCGGCCGGGUACAGGAGACAGAUACUACCUGUACCCUUGGACCAUGAUACAGGGCUCGGCCACGCUACAGAGAGGGAGUGACAAGAGGGAGCGCUGAGCACUGCCCUCCUGUCAGCCCCUCUCCUCAUGCUGCGCCCGGGCGGGCAAAGCUGCAGCCGCCUGAGGCUCUCUACAGAGUGCUCGGGCGGCUGCAGCAUGAGGGGGACCGGCAGCGCUCGGGGGAUUUCCCCAUAACCUGUCCCCCCCGCAUGAUUUGCUGGGGGGGAUGCGUCCCCCCUGGUUCCUACACCCAUAGCAGUGGGGUCCCCAUGCCUGUGGGCCCCUGGGCAACUGCCCAGCGUGCCCAUGCAAAAAGACGGUCCUGACUCUAUGUACAUGUUCUAUAUGCAGUUGCCUAUUGUCUGAAGCUGAAAUGCAUAUGCCGCAGGACAAUAGUAAUAUUAUUACUUUUAAACAUAGUAAAACACUUGCUGUUUCCUGGUAUCUCUUUGGCCAGUACUGUUUUUGUUUGUUUGUUUGUUUGUUUUUGUCCAUAAAAUAAUUAUACUGAUGAAAUGGUUUUAUAUACCUCUUUGUCAAUUGUAGGGUGUUUGGUAUUGGUCUUGGCUCCACUGCAGAUCACCGACUUCUUCAGAAAGCUGCCGGUGUAAGCAGGGGGACAGUAGAAAUGAUCAGUGAAGGGGAGAGACUGCAACCCAAAGUGAGCUUAUUGUCCUAUAUCUAUCCCUUCAAUCUGUAUUGAAUAUACUGUUGACAACUUUGCUGGAUUGAUUCCGCAAACUGAUAUGGUGUGUUGCUCCAUCUAGCUAAUUAAGUCCCUUAAAAAGGCGCUGGAACCGGCCCUGAGUGACAUCACGAUAGAUUGGUACAUGCCAGACACCAUGGAGGCACUGUUAACUCCCCAUGAUAUUGCUUCACUCUACCCUGGGGAUUCUCUUAUUGGCUACUGUGCUCUGUAUCAUACAGCCAGCUUUCGUUGCUCAAGGAUUAUGGUGAGAAUGUUAAAAAAAAAAAAAAAAGAAUAAUAAAUCAUGGUUACCACUCUGCAUUCAUUUUUUUUUGUAACCACUGCAUUGACAAAUCAUUUCUGUUUCAGGGCCAGAGGCCCAGGGGUGGCUCAUUCAGCUCUGUAUUCCAAUCUCAGGAUGAUUCAAAGAGUACUGGGGUCACUGAAACAAGUUGCUCAAAUCCCUCGACAGAUGAUGUAGGACGUGCACUUCAGGAAAUAUCUCAGGAGAUCUCAAUGGAAUUCUCAGCAUGUGCAGAAGACGCAGAGAGAAGUAAGAACAAGUUUGUAUCCUUAGUUGAGUAAUAAAACCUAUGCAAAGGUAUUGAGUUUCCUUCAAAAUACAUGAAUCCAAGGUGAACUGAGAGAUCACAGAUAUAGGACUACAUUUAAAGCAAUAAAAACAGUAGUUCCUCUACUGUUAUUCUAUAGGAUCUUGCUGUGUGAGGUAUGUUAAUAAUGUUCAGUAAGCAAAUAUUCAUCAGCACUCAAAUGGCUUCAAAGAGUUGUCAGGAACCAUUGAUUCGGCAAAGUCUCUUUUAUGAUAGACUGCCUUAGUCAUGCUAUUAAACCUUAAAUGUGUACUAUUCAUGCACCCUCCUUUCCUUCAUCGGAAAACAUACUGUGAGUGUGAUGACAUCUACUUUGUUUAAAAAUCUGCUCUUCUGUUUGUUCCUCAGGUGGUGAGGGAGUUCCAUUAAGUGAUAUUAGAAAGCGAAUUGUUCAGUCAUCCUACGUGCAAGACCAAUAUAUUCUCACUCACUGCUCUGUGAGUACUGAUCCAACUCAGGCACAGGUGCCACCAUCGGUUUGCAGUGAUCCCACUCAAGUUCCCACCUAUGGAUCAACCAGCAGUGAGUCGGUUGGGUCCCGAGAUGCUGCGUUUGAGGAGUGCACCACCCCUUGCCCUGCCUUUGACUCUCAGCAGGCACAGAAAAGUAUAUCACAAAGUGAAGGGGCACAAGGCCCAAAGAAGAACUCCUCCUCUUCCUGUAAGGUGAGACGGCAGUCUUUCAGUCUUCAUUAUAACAAGACAUUGUGAACCUUCUCUUAAAAAAAAAAAAAAAUAUAUAUAAUUACAUGAUGGUUUUAUUGAUCAUUGAUGCACACACUGGCUGCAAUACUUCUAAACUGACUAAUUUUUUUUUCCUCAGCCCUCCCUUACACAUAGUUCAGAGGAGCUAGUCAGACGAAAAGCCCUGAUUAAAUCAACUAUGUCUGGCCGGAGUUUCUCUUCCCCUCAUGGAGAGUUGGACAUGAUGCGACUACGCAAUGUCUUUGAUAAGGUGUCUCAGAACCGAAAUCCUGAUAUGGAUGUGAGAAACUCUCGUGGGGAGAGCCUUGCUGACUCAUGUAAGGGACACCUUUGUGGAAGAAUAACGUCUAGUUGUAAGCGUGCAGCAGAAAGGGUUUAUUAGGAACCUCGGUUCUAGAUCUGAAGGAAUUAAGAUGUAUGAAAAGGACAUUGUUACGUAGCCACUAAAACUCGUUAAAAGCUACUGCAAAAUCCUCCCUUAGUACAAUCAGACUAUAUUGCAUUUUGUAUUUGAAGUGCCACAGAGUAGGAGGUGGUUUCUGGACGCCGAGAACAGAUUUAUUUUUAGAGAAACUGCAAUGUUUAUGUUGAGGCACUAAGACAGCCUUUUGUGUGGAUCUUCAGCAUCAUUUUUUAUGAACAUGAUUCUGCAUUGUAUAAAUUGGUUUAAUGAAUUUCCAAAACUGUUACACAUUUGGAUUCAAGUUUUGUAAUGAUGCCAAUAUUUACACUUUUGUUCUAUGUUGAGAGCAUUGGCUGUGUUUCAUUCUUAUUUGUAUUAAGUAGUUCCGUUUUGGAUGGAAUUGGACAGAAAAAAACCAUUAGCUUUACAUAAAAUUAUUUGCUAUAUCUGAUCAGAAGGAUUUGACUUCUUAAACUUACAAGAAAGGGGUGCUGUAACCUACGAAAUAAAUUUCAAACGAAGAUAAAUAUACGGUACCUCAAAAUACUUGAUAGGGAAGUGUAAUGGAUACUGAUUUGCACAUUGCUUGUGUAUUUUUUAUUUAACAAAGUCUCUCUCUCUCUCUCUCUCUCUCUCUCUCUGGGUACAUUGCAGGUCAGAUUCUCUCUCCUUCCAACCUGGAUUGGGACAUGUUGGUUGAUGCGCAGUACCUUUUCUCUGCAUCUCCUCGUGUAGAAGGAGGGAGUGCAGGAUCCAGGGCAAGCAGUAGUUCUGUGUGGCAAUGCCGGGCUGUGAUUCGUGGUUUUGUAGGGGGUAGAAGCCUCUCUUGGGAGACUUCAGUUAGCCUGGAGUCCCUUCUUAACUAUACAACUGAAGAGACUACUGCCAACCUUGAGGAAGAGGUGGACUGUGACCUACAUCACUUGGCUGCACGCUCUGUCAUCGAGGACAAUGAGGACAUGGCUUGGAGAGAAUGUGAUAUUGAACAUGGUGAGAUAGGGUUUAAUGGAGUUCACACACACAAAAUAAAAUUUACUGCAUUCUUGUAUAUGAUCAUUACAAUAGGACAUAAAUAAAAUUCUCUUUCAGGUUCCCCUCGUAGAUUUCGCUUGAAAGCUGUUCAAACUAGUAAAUCUUGCUCACAGAUCUCCAGAUUUACUUUCCACGUUCCUAUUGACCCCAGUACUCAGGAUAAUCUACCAGGGCAAAUAACAGUGUGCAAAGGUAUGAGGGAUGCUAUGCUCUGCAAUUUGGUUUUGUAGGGAAAUCAGAUUAAGUGUUACAAUAUUGACAUGACCACCAUGGGUGAGGGAGAGUUUUUGAAUAUCCAUUGGCACACAGGCUGUAUCUAUGGAGAGAUUCAAUCUUGUAAUCAUAUUUAAAUCCCCAUGUAUUAUGACUAGUCUGUACUCAAUGAAUAAAAACAAAUAAAACACUGUUUAGUAGAUAUAUCCCCAAAGAAACAAAAUGCAUAAUUAAAUGCAUGCAUGUGUUCUUUGAGGGUAUAUAAAAACAAAUGCAUGUAAAAGCUGCAGUUCUUGUUUGCUGCCUUUGCAAGCCCCCUCCUCCAUCACCACCCAGACGUUCUGUGUCUGUCCAAUCACAAACCUCCCGAUGCAGCUGAGUUAGAAGUCUUUGCAAGGCAGGUGCCCUGGGAAAUUGCCUGCCAGAGUUUAGCUCGACUGAGCUAAACAACCAGGAAGUAACAGUUCCGGUUGUCUGACAGCCAGGGCUGUGUAACAAGGUUAAUUGCACUUUUUGUAAAAGGAAAAGAGGACUCAAAGAGCUGAAGUGGUCCUUUUAAGCAGUAAUGACUUUUAAUAAAUGUAUCUUGUGCUGUAGUCUCUUAAUGAUACAUGAUGUCAAGCUAUAGCUUUUCUUUGGUGUGGGAUUACUUAAAAAAUAAAAAUAAAAUUUUAUUAACAAAUUUAAAAGUUGUCACAUGAUUGUUUUUCCCCCCAGGGCAUGACACCCUGUGCACAUGCUAAGAUUACCUGUAACAGUGCUCCUCAAGGUACACCUAACAGUCCAGUAGUUAGGGAUUACCUGGGUGUGUCAAUGGUGUUUAGAAAAAGAAAAAACACCUUAGAGUCCAAGGUGUUUUUAAUUAUUUUUAAAAACACUUUAGACAGAUAAUCCCUAAAUCCUGGAGCGUUAGGUGUGCCUUGAGGAGCACUGACCUGCAGAAUAGAAGGUAUGGUGGUGGAGGGCCACAGAUUCUGAUGCAGAAAAAUUAUGUGACAAACAUUUUAUAUUUACUAAAAUGAGAAUUCAAAUGCAUUUUAAAGUUAAGGCAAGAAGAGCUGACAUUAAAGCAUAGCCUAUUCAGGAAAUGGUUCCAGUUUGACUAUUUUGACUUUAAAUUUGAAUUCUCAUUUUAGUGAAUAACCAUACAAAUCUUCUCUUUCUGUAUGUGACAGGUGGACGCAGUAAACGAGGCCUAAGGUCAAACUCAGGAAGUUUUGGUCAAGGGGACAGUAGGCGUUCAGAAAUAUUUGAAACUACAGGUAAAUUAUGACGUUCGGGCUCUUCAUCCAUUAGAGACCUAUUUCCAC